UGUUACGACGUUCCCUGCUUCAGCUGUAACAGUAGCUUCUAAUUGUGUUUCAGUGUAGUUUCCACUUUUUUCAACACAUUUUGGCGCGACUUUUGUUUAAAUGGAGAGCGUUGUGAAAGCUGUCGGCCUACCUGUAAAUUUCUCGGAAGAAGUUGAGGAUGACACAGACAAAAAAAUAGAAGAAAAAAGUUCUUCCACCAAGUUCGAAAACAGUCGGAAACGACGGUACAGCUCAGACGAAGAAUAUAGAAGCCGAGAAAGGAAAGAUCAUUAUGAGAUUGGAUCCCGUUAUUGGGCAGAUGAAGGGACCAGAUCUCACCGCACCAAUAUUUUGAGAGAACAAGAUCAUCAUUCAAGGAAAAAGAAAGAUCACCAAAAAAAUUGUAAUCCAAAUCCCAUGAAUGAAGAAGGUGUGAAAGAGCAGAAGAAAGAGAAAGAGGUGGAUCCGAUUAUGACACGAACUGGGGGAGCCUACAUUCCUCCGGCCAGAUUGAGAAUGAUGCAAGCACAAAUAACAGACAAAUCCAGCUUAGCUUUCCAGCGUUUAUCUUGGGAAGCUCUAAAAAAAUCCAUUCAUGGAUUGAUUAACAAAGUUAAUGUGUCAAAUAUCUGUUUGAUUGUUACAUCAUUGUUCAAGGAAAACAUAAUACGGGGACGUGGCCUCCUAACCAGGUCUAUUAUUCAAGCCCAAGCAGCAUCACCAACUUUUACACAUGUUUAUGCUGCACUAGCUGCAGUAAUCAACACUAAGUUUCCCAAUAUUGGUGAACUGCUAUUGACUCGCCUCAUUCUUCAGUUCCGUCGUGGAUUUCGUCGUAAUGACAAGCAGAUCUGUAUGAGUUCGACAAGAUUCAUAGCACAUCUUGUGAACCAACAAGUGGCCCAUGAACUUUUGGCGCUAGAGAUUUUAACUCUUUUACUAGAAAAUGCGACAGACGAUUCAGUUGAAGUAGCUGUUGGUUUUUUGAAAGAAUGUGGACAGAAGUUGGGUGAAGUGUCUCCAAGAGGAUUAACUGCCGUCUUUGAUCGCCUUCGUCAUGUUUUACAUGAAGCUGAUUUAGACAAGCGUGUUAAGUACAUGAUUGAAGUAAUGUUUCAAGUACGGAAAGAUGGUUUCAAGGACAAUCCUGCGAUUGUGGCGGAAUUGGACCAAGUGGAAGAAGAAGAUCAGUUCACUCAUCUGAUGUCAAUUGAAGAAGAAAAGCUUGACCCUCAGGAGAUGUUAAAUGUUUUCAAGCAUGAUCCAGAGUAUGAAGCCAAUGAAGAAAAGUAUCAAGCUGUUAAAAUAGAAAUCAUAGGUGACGAUUCUGGCGAGAUCGAUGGUUCUGAUGAAGAUAACGAAGAAUCGAGUGAAGAAAGUGCGUCUGAGGAAGAAGCCAAAGAGGGUGACAUAGUUGACGAAACGGAGACCAAUUUGAUAGCUCUUCGUCGAACGAUUUAUCUCACUAUCCAGAGUAGUUUAGACCACAACGAAUGUGCUCAUAAAAUGAUGAAAAUGCAAAUGAAGCCAGGACAGGAAAUUGAGUUAUGCCACAUGAUUUUGGAUUGCUGCACGCAACAGAGGACGUACGAGAAAUUCUUUGGACUUCUAGCGCAAAGGUUUUGCCAGAUUGAUAAAGCUUACAUUCCACCAUUUGAACAAAUUUUCCAUGAUACAUACGAUACAAUUCAUCGGUUGGAUACUAACAAGUUACGAAAUGUGGCUAAAAUGUUUGCUCAUUUACUUUUCACGGAUGCAAUCAGCUGGCAAGUUAUGACUAAUGUUCGACUGACGGAAAAAGAUACUUCAAGUUCUUCAAGAAUAUUUCUUAAAAUUUUGUUUCAAGAACUGGCAGAGUACAUGGGUUUGAGCAACCUGAUUCUUCGACUUAAAGAUCCAACUUUGCAAACACAUUUUGAAGGCAUUUUCCCCCGUGAUGAUCCCCGGAACACUCGAUUCGCCAUAAAUUACUUCACUUCAAUUGGAUUGGGAGGCUUGACAGACGAGCUUCGUGAACAUCUUCGAACGCACCCUAAACCGCCACCGGUCACAGUUCCUGCGCCGGUAUCUACACUGUCAGCUGCGGCCGCACAGUUAUUGUUGGAGUCAUCCGAUUCCGAUUCAAGUUCAUCUUCUUCCUCCUCGUCAUCAUCGUCGUCAUCAUCAUCAUCAACUUCAUCGUCCUCCUCGAGUGAUGGAAAAGGCAGAAACAAAGGUUCGCGGAAGAAACUGCGUUCUUCAAAUAAUAAGUCGAAAUCGGAAAGUCGAUCAGUCCGAAAACUAAGCCCCGAAGAGAUCCGGACUAGAGAUCAGCCAUCCGAUCACCAUCAAGGUGAUCGAAACAGGAGCAAUCGACACUUCAAUGAAAAAGAAUCUAAAAGUAGUUCGCGCCGAUAAGGUGAAAGUGCUGAGUGCUUUAUGUUCAUGUUGCAAUGAAAUAUACUUCUUUUACCUCCC